AUCUCAUUUGGAAGUUACCAUAACGGAAAUGUCUGCAUCCCGUGACCAUAUUUUGUCCGUGCGCAAAUAAGGAAAAAACUGAAUUGCUAGGCAGCACAACUCGACCCACAAUUCGUAAUGCGCGUUUUGGGCCGCCACAGACAUGUUUAACAAUACAGUGAUUUCUCUUUCUUCUUCGGAAUUCCUCCUUACCUUCUCUCCUCCUAUCUUUUUGCGCACCAUGCUCUCCCACCUCAGCUCUUAUUCGCUCACUCCCGCUCAAAACAUUUGUGCAGUUAGUUCUAGCUCCAUCGACUCCUGUGUGAGAGCGCGCUGAUGGAUGUGAGAAGUGAAGUAGCCUAGAUUUGAUAACAUCAUGGAAUUAUUUUUCUAAGAACACCUGUAGAGAGAUUGUGCACUGGGGAACUAUUCUAAGAAGGACAAUAUCCAUAUAAAUGCAACGUUUUAUUUGGAAAAAAAUAACAACAAAUGGUUCUCUUUACCUUCAUGGAUGUCGAGGACAUUAGUGAAAACGCUCACCAACACUGAUGGCAGUGUUCUGCAAUUUGCAUGUAUGUUUUUGGACUUUUCAUAAUACCAAGACCGUACGCUCUUCUUCUGCUUCUUCUUCUUCGAGUGUCUUCUGAAAUGCGCUAGAGGAGCUGAAAGGAAGGGGGAGAAGGACAACACAAUGAGGGGGAAAUACUUUCUGCUCGGUUACUUGUUGGUCAAAGUUAUGGCGCUGGUCUGCAAGGCGGACGGAGAACCAGGACAACUGGAUGGCUUUGUCAUGAUGACGACGUCCAACGGAUCUAGGGAGGACGAGGGCGCAGGCUUCUCAGAGCCCCCACACACGGAGGACCGGUGCCGCGGGUACUAUGAUGUGAUGGGCCAGUGGGACCCGCCGUUCGUUUGCAAAACGGGCGAUUAUCUGUAUUGCUGCGGCACCUGUGGCUUUCGGUUCUGCUGCUCCUACAAGACCUCGCGGCUGGAUCAGAGCACCUGUAAAAACUACGACACUCCGGUGUGGAUGAUGACAGGUCAAACCCCGUUUAAGAAAAACGACCUCCGGCACGACCCCACCAAAGAUAAAACUAAUUUAAUCGUGUAUAUAAUCUGUGGAGUAGUCGCUAUCAUGGCACUUGUUGGGAUAUUCACCAAACUCGGCCUGGAAAAGGCGCACCGACCCCAGAGAGAGAAUAUGGCUAGGGCUGUCCAAAGCGUGUUACAGGUCGGCUGUCCAGGUGAGCAGUUCCAGGGGGAGGACACCCUUGGCAUGCACGCACAGCACUAUGACACAAGGUCCAACAACCUCCAGGGAGGUCAGAUUAACAACACCGUGGGCCAGCCACACCCCUACCCUGCUCUGAGCCAGCUGGCUCACGUCUAUGAACAACAACAACCUGGGAAGGAACUCAACAAGUACGCCUCGCUCAAGCUCGUCGCGGCCAAGGCCAACGGCGACUUCUACAACAAGCGGCGUCUGAUGGUGGAACUGCCAUCCGAAGGCGGCCUCCCCCUCCAACACAUGAACGCCAUGCGACCUAUGAACCCCAUGACCAACAACCCUAUUUCCCACAACCCAAUUAAUAACCCCACCAUGACCCACAAUCCAAUGAACAACCCCACGGCCCACAUCAACCCCACGGCCCACAUCAACCCCACGGCCCACAUCAACCCCACGGCCCACAUCAACCCCACGGCCCACAUCAACCCCACGGCCCACAUCAACCCCACUGCCCACAACAACCCCAUGUCCCACAACAACCCCAUGUCUCACAACAACCCCAUGUCCCACAAAACCCCCAUGUCCUACAUCAAGCCCAUGUCCCACAACAACCCCAUGUCCCACAAUAACCCCAUGGCCCACACCAACCCCAUGGCCCACAACAUCCCCAUGGCCCACAACAACUCCAUGGGCCACAACAACCCCAUGGGCCACAACAACCCCAUGGCCCACAACAACCCCAUGGCCCACAACAACCCCAUGGCCCACAACAACCCCAUGGCCCACAACAACCCCAUGGCCCACAACAACCCCAUGUCCCACAAUAACCCCAUGGCCCACACCAACCCCAUGGCCCACAACAACCCCAUGGCCCACAACAUCCCCAUGGCCCACAACAACCCCAUGGCUCACAACAAUCCAAUGGCCCACAACAACCCCAUGGCCCACAACAACCCCAUGGCCCACAAUCCCAUGAAUCCCAUUAGCCCCCUGGGCUCCCUAGGCCCAGAGCCCGUGGCCACCUACAUCACAGAGAUGCCCAGCAGCUUGCCCAUUCUAUCCAGCUCCCACCAGGGCUCCACCAUGCCAGCCGCGCCCAAGCUGAACGCACAGAAGCCCCAAAGACUCAGCAGCAGUGGCUGUGGCGGCGACAGAGUCAGUAAUAAAGGUUCAGGAGCCAUGACCAUGUCCAGCAUGACUAGAACAGGGACUUUCCCGGGGCCUCACCGCCACACCGGGACGGUUCCCGGGCCUCACCACCAACAACAACACCACCACCAACAUCAAGAGCAACAACACCACCCACUGGCCUACAGCUCCAACACCAUCGCAGCCCCCAGGGGGAUGGGGGCGGGGAUGGGUCUGAAGGGCUGGGACGGGACUGAGACGGUAGGCAGGAGGAAGGGUUACGGCUCCAAGAGGCCCCAGUGUACAGUGGAGCAGAUCAACAAGCUGCACAGUCAGUCCCGCUCCCAGAGCCACAGUCAGCACUUCCUGCCCACCCAGCCUUACUUUGUGACCAACAGUAAGACGGAGGUAACUGUGUGAGAGAGUGGGAGAGGGGGACGAAGGUUGCCCAAAGCAGAGUCACCCAACAGGCAAAGAGGGAGAGGACAGAGAUGGUGGUGUGUAAGGCCCAGGUUGUUUUGUGUCUUUCUGGGAGCGGGGGCCAGAACAGUGCACCCUGGUGGUGUGGCAGUGUGCUUGCGUGUGCCGUCCAGUAUGAGUGGGUAACUGCACAUGUGACUGUCAGUCAAUCCUACACAGAUCCUCAGUCAGACGGCAGGGGGGCGGGAUUGUAUAACUAUGGCAACGUCCAACAGAAGUAUCAAAUUCAUUGUGUGUGUUAUAAUAUCUGUGUAAUGACAACAUUAUCAACCAAUGACAGUGAAACGUGAAUACAGCAACAGCAAAAGGAAACAUGAGAUUGCCAUGGAUUGCAUUACCAAAUCUGACAAGCAAUAUGAGAUCUAUGGACACCACAAUGGCUGGGGCUAAAACAUUGAGCAGGGAAACAACAAACUGUGGGGAAAGGAAAAGACAUUCAUUAAGGAGGCUCUCUCCUACAAAGCCAUUGAAUCAGCCACAGUUUUAGGGUUAUGGGAUAUGGCUACGAACAUUAUGGGCUUUGUUCUGUGCUUGUAGCCUUGAAAAGUCUCUUGGUCAUCAACACAGAGAAUGAAGGCCAUUGUCCUGUAUAUUUGAAGUACAGUACUUGAUCACAGCUGACCCGAAGGCAAGGAGGCUGAAGCAUUAUCUUGAGGAUAGUCCUGUACUCCUGAAAGACUCAUCAGUCCCAAUGCUGUUCACACAUAGAAUCACAGAGAAUCUGUGAUCCAAUAUUUAAACAUGUGACUACAGACCAUGGCCAUCUGUAGUGAUACCAGCAAGCUUUUAUAUUCCCCUUUUUCUCUCUCUUUCAUUCUCUCUAUCCCUCUGAGAAAAGACAACCUUCAGGUAAAGACAAUGUAAAGAGAGAGAAAGUGGUUCUGAAUCGUUUCUGUUCUACAGUGUAUGGCAAGGCCCCGAUAAGAACUAUGAAACCCUAUUGAGAGAUAUCCCUCACCUGUAUUAUUGCUACACGGUAUUGUGAUUUAUAUAAUGUACCAACAUUUGUAUUUCUGUUUGUAUUUUUGUAUGACUGUGUCCUCUUGGCCAUCUCUUCACUCUGGCAUUUGUGGAAAAUACUGUUGCUAGGGCAUCCAAAUAUAUGAUGGUCUAAAAGUAGAAGACAAAACCUCUUCAAGCAAAUUGAACAGUCAAAUCUAUACAAGCUGAAUUUAUAGUCCCAUUUCAGCCUAUAGAAAGCAUACUGCAUUCAUGUACUUAUUGGAAACAUCCCCCAUGUGUUUCUGAUUGUAAACAUCCCCCAUGUGUUUCUGAUUGUAAACAUCCCCCAUGUGUUUCUGAUUGUAAACAUCCCCCAUGUGUUUCUGAUUGUAAACAUCCCCCAUGUGUUUCUGAUUGUAAACAUCCCCCAUGUGUUUCUGAUUGUAAACAUCCCCCAUGUGCUUCUGUUUGUAAACAUCCCCCAUGUGCUUCUGUUUGUAAACAUCCCCCAUGUGUUUCUGAUUGUAAACAUCCCCCAUGUGUUUCUGAUUGUAAACAUCCCCCAUGUGUUUCUGAUUGUAAACAUCCCCCAUGUGUUUCUGAUUGUAAACAUCCCCCAUGUGUUUCUGAUUGUAAACAUCCCCCAUGUGUUUCUGAUUGUAAACAAACCCCUCAUGUUUAUUUUCUUUCUCUUCUUUGCUCAUGUAAAGGACGUCACGAUGCUUGUUUAUCGAGUACCACUUCCUCCCGAUUCGGCCCAUACCAAAUAAGAAUUUGUUCUUAACUGACUUGCCUAGUUAAAUAAAAAAAUAAAAAAAUUCCUAGCGCAAACUCUGCCUUGCUAGGACACGUGACCACCCUCCUGAAGCGUCGUACCAGUCAGCGCCACUCGAAAAACUAGCUAUACACUGGUGCAAGUGGGGACACUUCAGGCUGAGGAGUAAGUUUCACACAUCUCCAUGUGCUACAUUCACCCCCAAACUUACUCAACUGCGACCCCAGCUUUGAGCUGAGCGCAACUGUACAUCCGAGUCACUAGGCACCACUGUAAAGGACAUCACGCUGCUUGCUUAGCCAGUACCACUUCCUCCCAAGUUGGCCCAUACUUGGCGCGAACUCAGGACCUCUGCCUGGCUGACCAUCCUCCUCACACCUGACCAUCCUCUUGAAGCGAUUUACAAGUCGGUUCCACGUGAAAAGCUAGCUAUUCGCUGGCGCAAGUAGGGACACUUCAGGAUUAGGAGUAAGUCUCACACAUCUCCAUGUGCUACACUCCCCUGGUGGUUCCACUGUGUAAGCCAUGAUAAAUAACAUCAAUGUUUUCAGGAUAUGCAUUAUCACAAUAUUCAAUUGAAUUAAUCCAGCUAUGCGGAAAUCUGGAAAUAUGAACCCCAAACCAACAACAUUAAAGUUCACACUGCUCUCAGUGCAGCGGGAAGGCAGAUGGGAAGGCAGGCAGGGAGGGAGGCAAACCAGGCAGACAAAGGAACUCAAACAGAACAUAUUUUGUCUGAGCAGUGCACCGGGAAGGCAGGGAGGGAGGCAGGCAGAGAGGCAGGGAGGCAGGCAGGCAGAGAGGCAGGAAGGCAGGCAGAGAGGCAGGGAGGCAGUCAGAGAGGCAGGGAGGGAGGCGGGCAGGUAGGGUUACAGGCAGAGGAGGAGGCAGGCAGGCAAACCAGGGAGGCAAAGCAGCUCAAGCAUAACAUAUUUUGUCUGAGCAGCAUUCUGCACUCAGCAUAACUUAAUAGAGAAGAGUCAUCCUUCACACUGUGUUCUUCCCAGCAGCAGACUCGGAGUGCAUUCAGAGCACAGUUGGUCAGCGGGACUCACUCUGAAGUAGCAGUCAUACAGCUCUGAGACGCUGAGAGGGCAGGAGAUACUGGAGUAUUACUAGUGUAGUAUAUUACUACUUUGUCAAUGAUUGCCUUCUCGUGACUGUCCUUAUAGUAAUGUUAUGAUAUCAUAGCUUUAUCAUUUCCAUAGUUUUACCUGGCUUGAUUCGGCCCACUCGGACAAAGUGUAUAAGGUCCCUAGCAGACCAUUCCACACUAGCACACCAUUUAGAAUGCAUGGCCAUGCCAAUGCAUUCCCUCAUUCUAAGUGUGCCAGUCUGGAUAUUGGAAUGGAGCCUAAUUCCCCCUCAUCACAUCUGAUCCUUUCUUCCCCUCUAAAGCCAGGUGUCUGAAAUUAGCAGAUCGCCGAGCCAGCCAGCUCCUGCCUACCCAGCCUAGUUCCUGAUUGACCUGCUGCCAAAGAAAAUUGUUUCUGCUCGGCUGAAAGGAGCGAAAUUAAGACUGGAUGGUGCGAGUGGCCUAAUUAGUGGAAUCAGACCCUCUCGUUCCCCCACUCUGCUCUUGCCUCACGGUAGCAAAUUGAUCGAAGGAGUCGGGUGGUCGAUACAAUCAGGGCUGCCAGGCAUGCAGCUGAAGUCUUGUAUUAACUGCCUGGCUGAAUAUGAUUUAGUAUUGUGUAGUAUAGUGUUGCUCGUUAAUAACAACAAUCACCCUGGAUUUCUGUAUGGCUUGAACAUAAACUACCCCUGAUUGAGAGACCAAUUAACAUAAACUACCCCUGAUUGAGGGAACAAUUCAGGCAAACCUGUACAGUACCAAUUGUCACUCAAAGAGGCUACAUUAAGGAACUGUGUGAACCCGGAAAUAUUUCGUGUGUAUAAUAAAUGUGAUUUUUGUUCAUUUUCUUGGAAACCUGAAAACGUGUUGAAACCAUUCUUGUAAAGGUGUCUAAAGGAAGUGACUCAUUAGAAUGUUGGGACGAUGUUUGAAGCCACUACACCGUUAUUCUCUCUUUCUGUCAAACUUAACUUGGUGGUUUCAUUUGAUUUUCCUCCUACAACCUUGAAGUGAGGAAGUUGAGAUAAUUACAUAUAAUUACAAUCUUGCGCCUAUCCUUUCAGAAAAGAAGUGACUGAAAUGAAUCUGUAGACAGAGAGAGAGAGGGGGAGAAAAUAAAAACCUCUCUAAACCGUCAACAUCAGACUCUCGCGUUCUUUCAGCUGCCUGCUGUAACAGGGAGAAACUCCACCUGGGAACUCAACAUAAAAACUCAUCUUGGAAACUCGGUGUAGGGGGGAUGAGGACUUUGCUUUUCAAUCAAUAAGAUAUACAAACCAGACGAGAUUAAACCUGACCUUAAAAUACCUGCCAUUACUACUUACCAUUAUUGACAUUUAUAAUAUAAAAUCAUAAAACAUCUGCAACCUACACACACACACACACACACACACACUCUCCCACAGUAAUCAGCAUCAGUAAAGGUAUCAGGAUUGUGAGCACUGACAAAUAAUGGAAGUUGUCUAAAUUCUUAUAAAUGAUUAAAAUGAGCAAUGUAGUCACAGGCAUCAAUUUUGCAGAUUACCCAACCAAAUGUAUAUUGAAAAAUGUAUUUGUCCGUGAAUGUUAUGUUUGUAUGAUUUGGUUGUACUGAUAAUGUACACCAGGUUAUGUCGAGCCAGCUGAAAACAUAACGACGGUUUAUGCUCAGAACAGAAAUUGGAAGUGUAUUAGAUUAUGAACUUUUUACCACAGUUCUGUACUAACCAGAUAAGCAAACCAGGCGGGGACGUUAGCAAUUAUUGUUAAACCAUUCUGUAUGACAGAGAAACAUAAUUGUAUUUAUCAAGCCGUAAAAAAGGAAUACAUACAAUGGGCUGAUACUAAAGGACUUCUGCAGGUCUGAUUUCUAUAACACAUUUUACACUGUUUAUUUGGUUACCCAGAAGAGGUGAGUUGAAUAAAUUCCAGUUAAUUUCAGUUCCACCCUGUCGUUGAAACGAUGGAAUGUUUAAUCAUGCUUUUGUCUGCUAUGCCAACCUGUUGAUUUCUGUCAUUCUGCCUUCUAUCAAAAACUGUCUAAACUAAAUAUUGUACUGUAUACACAUGAUGAGGGUGAAGAUAUCAAACAACAUCUGCCGUUUCUCUUACAUCUGAUUAAGGGGUUUGUUCCAAUAGGAGGUAUAUCGUUUAAGUUAUUAUCUGAUAUCAGAAUCAAUAGAAGGGUAUCAAACCCAUACAAUCUGUGUGUUUGAUAUUUCUGGGGUUUGAACUCAAUUGCAAUCAAGGGCCAAUGUGGAAUGAUUAAUAUGCUUUCUAUAAACUACAGUAUAUAAAUAUAAUCCAUAGAAACCACAUCCUUUAAUAGAUUCUUACAUUUAUUAGAUCAUCUGAAUUCUAAUCAUGCAUUAAUCAAUAAAAGUCUGUUUUUGAUGUCCAA